UCUCUCUCUCUCCCCCCCCCCCCCCCCCUCCCUCGUCUUAACCCCUUCUUUCUGCGUUCUCGAUCUCCAAUCGGCAAGCUUCUUGUUCGACAGGCGAAACUAUGUCGGGCCAAAACCAACGUCUUAAUGUAGUGCCCACUGUGACAAUGCUUGGAGUCAUGAAGGCCAGACUCGUGGGAGCUACGCGAGGCCACGCUCUUCUCAAGAAGAAGAGCGACGCGUUGACGGUACAAUUCCGUCAGAUCCUGAAAAAGAUAGUGUCCACCAAGGAAUCAAUGGGCGAGAUCAUGAAGGGCUCUUCUUUUGCUUUAACAGAAGCCAAGUACGUUGCUGGUGAUAAUAUCAAGCACGUUGUGCUCGAGAAUGUUCGAGAAGCUUCCCUCAAGGUUCGCUCUCGACAAGAGAAUGUAGCUGGUGUUAAACUCCCCAGAUUUGAAUACACAAACGAUGGCGAGACCACUAGGAAUGAUCUUACAGGUUUGGCAAAAGGUGGCCAGCAAGUUCAGAGUUGUCGUGCUGCUUAUAUAAAAGCCAUUGAAGUUCUUGUUGAGCUUGCUUCACUUCAGACCUCGUUCUUGACGCUUGAUGAGGCAAUCAAGACCACAAAUCGAAGAGUGAAUGCGCUUGAGAAUGUGGUGAAGCCAAGAAUAGAGAAUACCAUUAGUUACAUUAAGGGAGAGUUGGAUGAAUUGGAAAGAGAGGAUUUCUUUAGGUUGAAGAAGAUACAGGGUUAUAAGAAGAGAGAGAUAGAGAAGCAGAUGGCUUCAGCUAGGAAUUUUGCUGAGGAACAGUUUGCUGAGAAGCUGGCUUUGCACAGAGGAAUUUCUUUGAAUUCAGCUCACAAUUUGUUGUCUGCAACAACAGCCAGAGAUGAGGACAUCAUUUUCUGAAUAUACAGAGGUUGCAUUCCCCCCCGCCCCUUUAUUUAUCAAUAUUCUCCCCCCCCCCCCCCCGGGGUUGCCUUAUCUCAUUGUAUUGAUGCCUUUUCCAGUGGGUCAGAGUUAUUUACAAUUCUUUAGGUUGCAGUGUUCUUUACUUUGAAUAAAGGCGUUCAGCAUGUGAUUUAUUCAUUCAGGUAUUAUUUAUAACCAUUAUCUUUUCGCAUUUGAAUUCAAUUUUGAGGCUGUUUUGAGGCUAUGCGAGAAUCAUCGCAUUGAAACUUGGAAGUAUGGUUUUUAUCA